ACUGCUUAGUAUACAUUUCAAAGGUUAUGUUCAUUAGUACAGUUUGUAAAAAGUAGUAAAGAUUACUGUAAUGAAAAAAUUAAAUAUUCAUUGACAAUGGAAAUGGGUCAAAUAAAAUGAUACAUGUUUUACUUUAUAUUUAAAAAUUUGAUUAUUGCACAUUGUUAUUGCAUAUAAAAAGCAAUAAUAAAUUUUACGGUUUUAUGUGAUACGAAAUUUUAUCAAAAUGUAUUUAAAAUUUGUGAUUACUUUUUGCAUUUUUCAUUUAACUUAUGCAUGGGAGAUACCGGACAACUUCGCUAAGACGGGACAUUCAAAUAAUUGGGCAGUAUUAGUCGAUACUUCAAGGUUUUGGUUUAAUUAUCGACAUGUGGCAAACGUGUUAUCUAUUUAUAGGAGCGUUAAACGCUUGGGCAUACCAGAUUCGCAAAUUAUUUUGAUGAUAGCAGACGACAUGGCGUGCAAUCCCAGGAAUCCUAGGCCGGCUACUGUCUUUAAUAACAUUAAGCAACAUAUUAAUGUUUAUGGAGACGAUGUAGAAGUAGAUUACAGAGGUUAUGAAGUUACUGUAGAAAAUUUUGUAAGACUGUUAACCGGGCGGUUAGCACCAGAAACACCAAGAUCCAAGAAAUUGUUAACAGAUGAAGGAUCUAAUAUUUUGAUUUAUCUUACUGGUCAUGGUGGAAAUGGAUUCUUGAAAUUCCAAGAUUCCGAAGAAAUUACUAGUAAAGAACUUGGAGAUGCAUUAGAGCAAAUGUGGCAGAAAAGAAGAUACCAUGAAAUUUUUUUCAUUAUUGAUACUUGCCAAGCAAGUUCAAUGUAUGAGAAGUUUUAUUCUCCAAACAUUCUAGCAGUUGCUUCUAGUUUAGUGGGAGAAGAUUCACUUUCUCAUCACUUGGAUCCUGCAAUUGGUGUUUACAUUAUAGAUAGAUAUACAUAUUAUGCAUUGGAUUUUCUGGAGAAAGUAGAACCUUUUAGUUUCAAAACUUUAGGAGAAUUUCUCAGAGUUUGUCCCAAACAUUAUUGUUUGUCAACAGUCGGAGUAAGAAAAGAUUUAUUUAGAAGGGAUCCUGAUAAAGUACCAGUUACAGAUUUCUUUGGAUCUUUAAGGCCUAUAGAAUUAACCACGAAUAUAAUGAACGUUUUACCCGUGAAAAAAAAUAAAACAAAAGCUAUCGAGCCAGAAAGAAAGUAUUCUUACGUCGCACAAUUUCCAGACGUAUCGAAAUUUACGUGAUUGAUAGAAAUAAAUACGAAUUUCUUUAAAAAAAUUACAUUUUCUUUCUAAAUAUUUAAGUAAAAAACGUAAAAUAAUAAUAUAUAUAAUGUUAAUAAGAGAACGUAUUUCCUGACAUGCUUUGACUCAUUUUUGCAUCACUGUUGCAAGCAUAUUGAGCAAAUCUCAUGUAUCAUACAUUUAUGUUAUACUUUAUAACUAUAUUCUUAUCGUCUUAGAAGCAUUAAACAAGGUACGUGAUUCUGAAAGAAGUCAAUAAAGUCCAUGAGAGAUAGCAGAUACUAAGCGUACCAUACUGUUAUUAUGUCAAUUUCAGAGUAAGAUUUAAAAUAAUUCUCCAUGAGAAGUAUUUAAUAACUCCAAAAUUCGCGAGUAUUACUACAUUUUACAUAUUUACAUUACUUGAUUACAUUUUACAUAUAUAUGAACGUGAUAAAUGGAAAUCUGUGUAAUUAUAUACUUCAACUAUAUAGAAGUCACAUAUAUGAACAUAUGUAUGUAUAAAUGUGGUACCAGCGCUGUCAACGGCAGUUAGCAGAACGUGCUUGAGAGCAUCGUACGAGAACUUUAAUCGAUCUAAGUGUAUACAAAAGUAUUUGGAACAUCGUUAAAAUCUUUCAACUAUUGCGGUUUUUUUUUAAAGUUAGUAUUUUCGUACUAUUUACUGUUACAUUUGGUAAUAAAAAUAAAAAAUUUCAAAAUUUAUGCUGAAGAUAAAUAAAUUUGAUUUUUAUAUUUUUUUAUUCAUAAUGUUGUACGUAAACUUUGAUUGUUUGUUUUUUCUCCGUCUUAUGUAAAUCGUUAAUAUAAUAUGACGCACCCAGAAUCAAAGGAAUGUAAGUGACAUUUGUUUGAUAUCGAGUAAACUGCAUUUAAAAUAUAAUGUAAUGUGUAAUGAAAAUAUAAUGUAUCUGUGAAAAUUAAAUUGUAUUUAUUGCUUGA